GCGUGGUCGAGUUUUUGUUUUGGGUAGUGUCUUCUGUAGUGCGAGCCAAUUCGAAGAGGGGCCAGCUGCACCGGCUGGCAUUGUAGUAUUUCAAGAUAGAAAAGAAGACAGAUCGAGCUUGGGACAAACUGUCUCGAUUGACAUCUGAUCGGCACCGCCUCAACGCACGUGCAGUAUUGCCGGCUGCUGAUCUUGGAAAAUUUCAGAGCUUUACCUCCUCCCGUUACGCCCAUCGGCGCCCAUCCUCAGGGAUUACACUGCAGAUCUCCGCAACCAAUUCGACCAUUGACCUAGAUCUAUUUCACUCUCUGCUAAUUCUGUAUCUUGCUUGCCUGUACUCGGUUAACUCCUUCCAUCUGUAUAUCCUACCAUUAGAUGUCUCCUGUUGCUACCGCGGAUUUCGGGCCUCUUUUAGAGGCGCUUCGGGCAGCACCCUCGGCUCCAGAGGCCAAGGGCGCUGCCGAUCGCAUUGCUCGCGAGGUUUCCAAGUCUGGCCUCCAAUCGCUCGAGGAUCAGGGUCUUCUUAAAGGCCUCUACGCUUUUGCCACGAACAAAAAAUCGGGAUAUGAACGGGAAUCCGCCGCUAUCGCCUUCCAGUCGCUCGCCAACACAUUCGGCGCCCCCAUUGCUCCUCUCUUACUUCCGUCUCUUCCCUUCUUGUUUGAACUCUACAUGGACAAGGGCGAUGUCGUGCGCACUGCAGCGAGUGCUGCUGUCAAGGCCAUCCUCAAAUUGUUUCCUCCCGAAGCUACCCGGAUCGUGUUUCGUGAACUAGAGUCUAUCCUGGUUGUAGGGAAAUGGCGGACCAAAGUCGGCGUCCUGGAUGCAUUCCGGUCUUUCGUGACGCCGGCUCGCGAUGCUGUUGGCGCCGAACUAGUGAACGUUUUGCCGAAGAUUGAAGGUGCCAUGCAUGACACAAAGCAAGAAGUGCGUCGUUUGAGCUCAGGAUCAUGCCCUUGUUCUGAUCAUCGUUAGGUCUCUGCCGCCGCAGUCAAGUGUGCAACCGCAUUGUGCGCUACACUUGCAAAUCCCGACCUCGCACCUCACAUUCCUGUUCUCGUGAAAUGCAUGGCCAACCCGGACUCCGUCCCUGCCUGCAUCAAAGCGUUGUCAUCGACCACUUUCGUCGCUGAAGUCACCGCCCCGGCUUUGGCUGUCCUUGUUCCGCUGUUGAUUCGCGCGUUGAACGAUCGAAGCAUGGAAACGCAGCGUCGCACUGUGGUCGUGAUAGACAAUCUAGUGAAGCUUGUCCGAGAUCCCAAGGUUGCCGCACAGUACUUGAGCACGCUUGUGGAGGGCGUAGAGAAGAUUGCUAAAGGCGCCGCCUUCCCAGAAGUUCGUGCAUUCGGAGAAUCAGCACUGCAGACUCUGAUCAAAUCCGGGGCGUCUGCUGCUGGGGCAGUAGUCGAGAACCGUGAUAUCGGCGGAGAAACAUCAGAAGCUCAGACGACUCUUCUGACUUUGCUGCCCGAGGACCUCGCAACAGGUCCCCCGAAUGGUCCCCGGACUGCUAAAUUCUCUCUCUUGGCGCAAUCCCUGGCCUUCCAAGCAUCUCUAGUAGCAGAUCUGGUUCACGGGCGAGCAUUCGGAGAUAAGCAGAUCUGGUAUCGCUGCGUUGGCGUCUUCCUGGAACCAUGGACCGAUGGUGAGCGAGCGACGGCGUUUAGCGAAGCGGUGCGCUCCCAUUUCCACGCGAUUGAGCAGGCAAAGUACCAGGUUGUGGCUGCGGAUGACGAAGAGGGCGAGGUGCUGUGUGACACACUGUUCUCUCUUGCUUAUGGUGCUCUGCUUCUGCUAUCACACACCACCCUCCGCCUUAUCCGCGGUCGCCGUUAUGGUAUCCUCGGGACGAACGGGUCUGGCAAGUCAACGCUCAUGCGCCAGUUACGCGACGGCAAAGUCGAAAACUUUCCGCCCCAAUCUCAGCUACGCACUGUCAUGGUCGAGCAUGCCCUCCAGGGAGAAGACACUACCUUGUCGGUCAUCGAUUUCAUCGCAUCUGAUCCCCAGCUGAAGCAGAUUCCGCGGGCCAAAAUUCGGGAUCAGCUACUCGAGGUUGGGUUCGAUGAUGCUCGCCAGUCCGAUCUUGUCGGUGGCCUAUCCGGCGGCUGGAAGAUGAAGCUCGAGCUUGGUCGAGCCAUGCUGUACAACGCAGACAUCCUUCUGCUCGAUGAGCCCACUAACCACUUGGAUCGCGCAUCUGUCCUGUGGCUCGAGAAAUACCUCAAGGCCCAGAAGAACGUCACUUGCCUGGUAAUCAGUCACGACUCCGGCUUCCUCGACAAUGUGACCACCGACAUCAUCCACUACGAGUCGAAAAAGCUCGUCUUUUACCCGGGAAAUCUUUCCCACUUUGUAUCGAUCCACCCCGAGGCCAAGUCAUACUACACGCUGGCCGCGACAUCUGUCAAGUUUUCCUUCCCUGCGCCGGGAUCUUUGAUGGGCGUCCGCAGCAACACACGAGCGAUCCUCAAGGUGUCCAACUGCACGUUCACAUAUCCGGGCAGAUCGAUUCCAAGCUUGUAUAACGUCAGUUGUGCGCUCUCCUUGUCCAGUCGUGUCGGUGUUAUUGGGCCCAACGGAGCGGGCAAGUCGACUUUGAUCAAACUGCUGACGGGUGAAACAGUUCCGCAAGAGGGAACCGUGUACAAGCACCCGGCUUUGCGUGUCGGUUACGUUUCUCAGCAUGCGACCCACCACAUAGAACGCCAUCUCGAGAAGACACCAAUUCAAUACAUCCAGUGGCGCUUCCAGGACGGCCAUGAUCGUGAACUGUUGGAGAAAGCAACUCGCGUGCUGACGGACGAAGAGCAGAAGGCGCUCGAUCAGGAUUGGGUCGGCAGAGACGGAUCCAAGCGCAAGUUCGAGAUGGUGAUGGGUCGUCAAAAACUGAAGAAGAACUUCCAAUACGAAGUCAAGUGGAAAGGCCUAGACCACAAAUGGAAUACCUGGGUGCCGCGUGAAGAGUUGAUUGCCAAGGGCUUUUCGAAACUAGUGCAGCAAUUCGAUGACCUCGAGUCGUCACGUGAAGGUGCUGGAACGCGUGACACGGCAGCCCAUCUCGUCCGCAAGCAUCUGGAGGAUAUCGGUCUCGAUGGAGAUAUCGCGCAGUACAACGAGAUCUCUGGACUGUCCGGUGGCCAGAAGAUCAAGCUGGUCAUCGCUGCUUGCUUGUGGAACAACCCUCAGGUGAGAUCUCGCCCCUGUUUUACGUCCGUGUGUGCUAAACGGCCUGUUUCUAGAUUUGUAUUCUGGAUGAACCGAGUAACUUCUUGGAUCGUGAAGCACUAGGGGGCCUUGCCGUCGCCAUCAGAGACUGGGCCGGUGCUGUGGUGAGUCAUAUCGACCAUGCGCUACGGUGUGAUCUGAGCCUGCGCAGGUUAUCAUCUCCCACAACGAAGAGUUUGUGGGUGCAUUAUGUAAGUGGUAUCCGAAGGGCAUCGACGGAUGGCUGACUGCGCUGUAGGUCCUGAGAUCUGGAAUGUGGAAGCUGGGCGGAUGAAGCAACAGGGCAAAGCUGGGAUCGUCGAGGACGCCUUUUUGGACGGGAAAUCACCCAAAGGAAGCGGGGCCAACACCCCAGCGCGCUCUCGUCUGGCGACGCCCGCUGCUUCGGUGAACGGAACGCCCGUUGGAAGUGGGGAGGAGGACAAUGGGUCGCCCAAGCCGGUCGCCCGGAAAAAGAAGAAGCCGACCCGCAACCAGGUCAAGGCGCAGGAGGAGCGUCGCCGACUGCGGAAGCUGGCCUGGCUGACCCAUGGUGGGCCGAAGCCAGAGGACACCGACAGCGAGACCGAGCCUGUGUAGGUAGGUCAUGUGUAUUAUUUAUCUAGAGAAUACACCGGAGAUGACUUAUAUCGUACUCGGUAUGUAAAUCAGUCUGCUUGCAGUAGUGUCUACAGUAAUGCUGGGAUAUAUAACUAAGUAAGUGAACAGACAACAAGUGCGAGCGAUCUCCAUAACUAGGUGGGGGGUGGCAGUACGGUAUGUAAUCAAUAACAGGUCCGUCACGACGAGAUCUGAGCGAAAUAGCGUGAGAUUAAGGCACAUAAGUUAGGAAGCCAAGAAGGAUCUAGGAAUGAAACUCAUCCCACCAAGAAGCCAGUGACGCUAGCAACCACGAGCGAACGUCCAUUCAGUAGCCCCGGGGGCCCCAUUUUCGAGAGUCAAUGGCUUCCUCCUGGCUCCUGCCACGUCGAUGGGAAGAGGACACCUGCUGUGCCGAUCCCCGGGGCUCGUACUCCCCGUCGUCGAUGCCCUGCUCGUCCGACGAGAGCGAGAACGACUGGUGCGCAGAGUUGCUCUGCCGAUUCGUCUGUCGCAUCGACUGCCGCUUGUUCUGGAACC